AAGAACUGAUGUGCUUUGUUAUCACGUUUAAUUGUUUGAUGAUACAUAAAACAAUCACUGUGAAAAGAUUCCACCAAAAGUUGUCUUGAAAGUUUAGCCAGAAUGGUGAAGUUUGGUGCACCAGGAUGGAGCCAAAGUAUGAAGCAGGAACUUGACGAAAAAGGCGUGGUGGUCGUCGAGGGCCUCUUAUCCAGCCUCGAAAGCGACACCUAUAGGCAGCAGUAUUAUACUUGGGUCACAAACCUUUAUCCAGACGGUAGGUGGCCGUCCAACAUGAAAGGUCUGAUCACUAGUUUCAAAGUUGGCCACUUGGAGGCGUCGUGGGCUAUCCGUCUGAAGUCCAAGGCGGUGUUUGAGGAGCUGUGGGGAACAGGCAAACUGUGGAGCAGCAUUGACGCUGUAGCCAUAGGACGGCCACCGGAGGAUGGAGUAACAGAGUUUGCUGAACCUGGCUACCAUUGGCUUCACGUUGACCAGGGUGCUCAUAAGGAGGGGCUGCAUGCUUACCAGGGGGGCGUGUACCUGGAGGACACAGACUGUGAUGAUUGGUGCUUUCAGGCGAUUUUAGGCUCUCACAAGUAUCACCAGGCAUUCUGCAAAACCUUUCCCAACGCAGUAAAGAUGUCGACCAUCACCGAUUUUUACCCAUUUGAAAAACCGGGUGAAAUAAAAUGGUUUGAAGACAGAGGAUGCCAGGUGAAACGAAUCCCAGCGCCAAAGGGAUCAAUAGUCAUCUGGGAUUCGCGCACCGUUCACGCGAAUAUCCGGCCAAUCAAAGGCCGCCAACACCCUGGUAGGUGGCGCUAUGUUACAAUGGUUUCCAUGACGCCCGCUGCAUGGGCAACGCAAGCCGAUCUGGAGUCCAGGAGAGAGGCGUACAACAAUCUAAAGAUGACAACACACUGGUCCUCCCAAGACGUCAAUGUAUUAGGAGAAUAUGAUAUCAAACAAGUGAACACAGUCACUGAGCUUCCUAGUAACGCGAGAUCUCGUGAAGCGCGCCUCCUUGCUGGAGACUUGGAGUACGAUUUCGAGGACGGUGAAAGCAAUGGGCCAGAAAAACCUAAAUGGAAUACAGGACACCGAGAAGGAGGAUGGUUUAGUUGGUGCAAUAUUAUAUGAUCUGUU